UCUGGGUUUUGCCUUUUUGGACUACAGUUUUCAGCUUGAACUAUUGUUUUUACACAUUGAGAGCUUACCUUAAUUAAGGUCGUGACAAUUUCAACACCAAUGGUUUCGUCGCCAGCCGACUUAACACCCGACUUACCAGUUGCUAAAAAGGCAAUGGAAUCACCUUGGGUCGAGAAAUACAGACCCAUUGAUUUAAAAGAUAUCGUGGGUAAUGAAAAUACCAUCUGUCGUUUAUCCGUUUUUGCUCGAGACGGCAACUUACCGAACAUCAUAAUAGCUGGUCCUCCAGGUUGUGGAAAAACCACUAGUAUUUUAUGCUUGGCCCGCACUCUUCUAAAGGGCGCUUAUAAAGAAGCGGUUCUUGAGUUAAAUGCAUCGAACGAAAGGGGUAUCGAAGUAGUAAGGACUAAAAUCAAGAUGUUCGCUCAAAAAAAGGUCAGUCUUCCUGAAGGAAGGCAAAAAAUAAUCAUCCUCGAUGAAGCCGACAGCAUGACUGAAGGUGCUCAACAGGCACUUCGACGGAUCAUGGAGUUAUACUCUCGAACAACUCGUUUUGCAUUGGCUUGUAAUGAUUCUUCGAAGCUCAUCGAACCAAUACAAUCAAGAUGUGCUGUUUUACGUUAUGCUCGUUUAACAUCUGCACAAGUGAUGGCCAGAUUGCUAGAAGUUUCGCGUAUCGAAGGUGUUUCGUAUACAGAAGAAGGUUUGGAAGCCAUUGUGUUCACUGCAGACGGUGACAUGCGACAGGCUCUAAAUAAUCUCCAAUCAACUUAUGAAGGCUUUGGGAUGGUCAGUAGCGAUAACGUCUUUAAAGUUUGUGAUGAACCCCACCCAAUGCUUAUUAAACAGUUGAUUGAUCAUUGUUCUAAGGGUGAAUUGUCAGCUGCUCACAAGAUCUUACGUCAUUUAUGGACUUUGGGAUAUUCAGCUGAAGAUAUUAUCACCAUCACUUUUCGAGUAAUAAAGAAUCAUCCAAUGGAAGAGUAUCUCAAAUUGGGAUUUAUAAAAGAAGUUGGCCUUACUCAUUUACGAAUUUCCGAAGGACUAGGUACGUACCUACAAUUAGCUGGUCUCCUUGCUCGCCUUUGUAAAAUAGUGUUACCAAAAUAAAAAAUUUGUUUUUAUUAAUAUACCAUUUCCGAAUGUUUAUUUUGUACAGCUAGUGACUACCUUGAUGUGUUUGUAUUAAACUCUUCUCAUGUUUUAGGUUUUUAUUUUUGUAUUACGACAAAGUUAAACUAAAAUGUAUAAAUAUAACAAUCUGGCUAAGUUCAUUUUAUCGUCUAAUAAUUGUUGCUAAAAAUAAGAUAACUAAAUGAUACCC